AUGUCGAAACGGGACAUCGUCCUCACCAAUGUCACCGUUGUCCAGCUGCUGCGACAGCCAUGCCCAGUGACCAGAGCACCACCCCCACCUGCGCCCAGGGUUGAAACAGAGCCUGAGCCAAAAUCCGAGCCUAAACCGGAGCCUGAGCCAGUCAAGGAGGAAGAAAAGCCACUACUGCUGCCACCUCCUCCUCCACCCUCUAAGGUUCCUGUAGUUCGGGAGUUGACUGUUGGCAUCAAUGGGUUUGGACGCAUUGGUCGCCUGGUGUUGCGUGCCUGCAUGGAGAAGGGAAUUAAGGUGGUGGCAGUGAAUGAUCCAUUCAUUGACCCAGAAUACAUGGUAUACAUGUUUAAGUAUGACUCCACCCAUGGCCGAUACAAGGGGAAUGUGGAAUACAAGAACAGACGACUGGUUGUGGACAACCAUGAGAUCAGCGUCUACCAGUGCACGGAUCCCAAAGAAAUCCCCUGGAAGGCUGUUGGGAGCCCGUAUGUGGUGGAGUCCACAGGCGUGUACCUCUCCAUAGAGGCAGCUUCGCAACACAUCUCGGCAGGUGCCCAACGUGUAGUCAUCACUGCGCCCUCACCAGAUGCACCAACGUUUGUCAUGGGUGUAAAUGAAAACGGCUAUAACCCUGGCUCCAUGAACAUUGUCAGCAAUGCAUCCUGCACCACCAACUGCCUGGCCCCCCUCGCCAAGGUCAUCCACGAGCGAUUUGGGAUUGUGGAAGGACUGAUGACCACAGUCCAUUCCUACACGGCCACCCAGAAGACAGUGGAUGGGCCAUCAAAGAAGGCCUGGAGAGAUGGACGGGGUGCCCACCAGAAUAUCAUCCCAGCCUCCACUGGGGCUGCCAGUGCCGUAGGCAAAGUCAUCCCAGAGCUCAAAGGGAAACUGACAGGAAUGGCAUUCCGGGUGCCAACCCCAGAUGUGUCUGUCGUGGACCUGACCUGCCGUCUGGCCCAGCCUACCCCCUACUCGGCCAUCAAGGAGGCCAUAAAAGCAGCAGCCAAGGGGCCCCUGGCUGGCAUCCUUGCCUACACCGAGGAUGAGGUUGUCUCUACGGACUUCCUCGGCGAUACCCACUCAUCCAUCUUCGAUGCUAAGGCCAGCAUUGCGCUCAACGACAACUUCGUGAAGCUCAUUUCCUGGUACGACAACGAAUAUGGCUACAGUUACCGGGUGGUCGACCUUCUCCUCUACAUGUUCAGCCGAGACAAGUGA